GAAAUAUUUUCCAAAAGGCAAUUUUGUUUGACUAUUAUUUUAAAAUAUUUUACCCUCAAAAUUCACGACAUGGACGAUUACAGCUCACAUUUUGAUAUAUUUGAUUCAUUGAAUUAUCUCAUCCCACCAGUGAGGAAGUCCAACAGGACUCUUGGAGAGGAUUCACUUUUUAAACGAGAUUUUCAAAAGCAAACUGAUAUUAGAUUGAUUGAAGAUUUUCGAAAAAAAAUAACAAGAGGAAUAAUUAUAUCACCAUCCAUAUUACACUUGCCGGAUGUGCAAAGUUCUUCUUCUGUUAUUGUAAACAAAACAACAAAGAGGUUGAUUAAAAAACAGAACUCUUCUGAAAAUUCAAAAAAUUGGAAUUGUAAUAACACUACAUAUUUGCCACUUAAUGAAAAAAAAGAAAAAAAAAUUGGACUUGAAGAUAAACCUACGAUUGAAGUAACAGUUGUACCAAGAGAAGCUGAGACGUUAACUAAAGUUUUCAAUAAGCAUCGCCGAAAGACGAAAGUACUUCAAAGCACAAUAUCAAAUCAAGAGAGUUCUAUAAAAAGUCAAAAUAUUUAUUUCAUGGUAAAAGGGAAAAGACGGGAAAAGGUGUAUGAAAUAAAAUCGUCCGAAAGUACAAAUUUUUCUAACAAUUUUUUAAAUGCGAGAUAUGAAGAUAUAUCUUUAGAGCAGAUUACUAAUUCAAAGCAGUUAUUAAGCUCCUUAAAUAUGGAAAAAAAGAAACGUAAAAAUAAGAAAAUUGAACAAAACAGUCAAAAUAAUUAUACCUUUGACGGUACUAGCCAAAUCAUACAAAAUUAUGAAGAAUCUAAAGUCAAGAAUACUCGGAAAAGUAAAGUUACAAUAGUUGGUCAGUUAGGAUUAACUCAAGAUGAUCAGUAUAUUUUAAAAUGCGCUGCGACAGUCAAUGAUAAACCGAUCCAAGCUAAUUAUGUGGAACUGGACAAUACAAAUUAUAAAACUAGUUUGAAUAUAAAUAGGACCAGGAACGCUAACCAAGAUUCAAAUGUUCAAACUGAUAUUUGUUAUUCAAACAACUGCAUCAACCUUGACUCAACUAAUAUGAAGAAGAGAAUGAUAUCACAAGCUACACAAGUAAACUUUUUGCAAUCAAAUCACAAACCAUUCAAAGCUUUUCAAAAUAAAAUAGCUCAAUGCAGUUUUUCAACUGCUGAAAAUAUUGUCUUCAAUAGCGGGACGCAAGAUAUUGCUCUAUCAAACGGAGAAAAACCACUAGUUGUAAUAUCUGUUUACCCAAGACACGACAGUGAAGACAACAAUAUAAGUCCUGUUAAUAUUAUUCAACAUCCAACUUUAUCACAAAAGAAAGUUAAUAAUAUAGACAUUAAUACAUUUAAAAGGAAGGAGAAACAACAAAACAAGGAUUCCGUUAUAUCUGUAAAUAAGACUCGACAACGGUCACCGCGGAGUAAAUCACCUUCCCCAGGCUCUACACAUAUACAAAAUAAAACUAUAGCAGAUAAAACAGUGGGUCGAGUUUUAGGAAAUAAAAACAACAAUAUGCAUAACAUUAGUCCUCCUCAAAGAAAUGUAAACAAAUCUGGCCACAAAUUAAUUAAACCUAAAAAAGACACAAGCUGUUAUUGUACUUAUUCUAUGGGUUUAGAAAACAAAGAUUUAGUGGAACUUAAACGAACUCCCAAAGCAUAUGAUAUUAAAGAAACUGAUACGACAAAAGUAAAAAGAGCAUUGGUAAACCAUUUUUUAAAGAGUGUCGACAGAAUAGAUCCCAGUGACACGAAAAUGAAACUCGUCACCCCACAGAAUGAUACUUCAAGGGUAACAAUAAAUAUUGACGGUGAAAAGGAGCACUAUGACCUUUUUUUUGAGCAGAAUGAUUUUGAUACGGGUUUAUCAGUCAGAAAAUCCAAGAAAAAGCCACCUAUCAAUGGGACUUCUCGGAAUGAUGUUUAUAAAAAUUCUAAGGAAAACCUUUUGAUGUUAUCUGACGAAAAGAAAAAUGGCACAUACAUGUAUUCACAUGAAAAAAAUGUUAAACCCAAGAUUGAACCAAUGCUGACAAGACUCAAAGUCAGAGAUAGUUUAGAAAUUUGCCACAGUCGCGAUGGUCGAACUGGUUCACGGUUAAAUACUAAUGAAAACAGAGGUCAAAAUGAUUUAACAGAUUCCUUUUUCAAUGUGGCUCUCAUUGCUCCUGUAAAGCACUAUCGAGGCGACGGUUGUUUAAUACCUGAUCCGAAUGAGCGAGAUAAAGAAAUUAGAGUGCUUUUAGGUAUUGUUAGAAAUACUCGCAGCAUCGAAAAAGAGGAAUCCGUAGCUAAUAAGGAUCUUAACGUCUCCUAUAGUCAUUCCGAGAGUCAAGAUAGAAAAGAAAAAACUUGUUCCUGUUGUAUAAAACGAGGUUCAAAAAGCUUAGUGACGGGAAUAAGCAUAUCUAGAUCCCAAAACUAUUCAAAAAGAAAAAAAAACACGAAUAGAAAAAUAGUAAUAACAACCAAAUGUGCAUAUGAGCACAUAGAGAAAAGGCGACCUCAAACGUCGACAGACAAACAAAGGACAAACGUAACGGAAUUUUCUUCUGAUCCACAAUUUAAUCAAUUAUUGACUAGCGAUAAACAAGUAAAUAAAAAAUUUACCAAUGAAAACGUAUUUAGACAAGUGCCUCUUGAAUCUGGUGUUCUAAUUAUGAAUCACAAUUUACGAAUAGAACAGUUAAAUCAGCGAAAACCUAUUAUUCUAACCCGUAAACAAUACGAUAAAGUAAAAAGAACAAUACGAUGUAUAAUGAAGCAACAUAAAUGUUAUAAUUUAAUUACUUUUAAUAAAGUGUCAAUCGGUGAAGUUAAGAUAAAGCGCACUCUGCAAAAGAUUCGUUGCAAUCGCGAAGUACAAACAGAAUGGUGUGAAGUUUUAACAACUGAUAGAUGUAAAAACAUUCAAACACAGCACAAUUAUAAAACAAAAAGAAGAGACGCACACGAUACGAGCAGCAAGGUAAAAAUAUCUGGACAAAGAAUUAUAGAUAAAAUUAUUUUUCCCGCCGAUACAAAGAACGAUAAAAAUAUAAAAAGAGAUAUGAAUGAAUACGUAAAUUUAAAUAAAGUUACUCCUCGGCAAGCUGACUCUAUGGAAAUAUGCUACGCACAUGCUUACGUAAAGCAUUUCCCAAUUUCCGCCACGCAUUUUGGGGAUGGAUUGCACAAUAAAAUUACUCGUGAUAUUCCAAAACCUAGUACUUCACUUCAUACUAUAUUUAAAGGUCAUAGAAAGACUGCUACGCCAAACUUAGGAACAUCAGCUUACUCUUUAUGUUCUGAUGCAAACCAUUCGACAAAAUCUAUCACAGCUCCUCCUUACGCUGGUGAUUGUAAGCCUAAAAAGCUAUUCCUUCAGAAGCUCUUAUCAUGUUUGGUGAUGCAAUCAACGGAAACCACGAUUCUGAAAGAAGUUCCGACGCGAAAACUGUCCAGUGUGAAUAGCUCAGUUGAUUCUUACCAUAUAAGCUCUUCUCUUGGUGUAACACUGCUAUUCCUCGGGCGCAAAAUCCAUCGGUGGGUGGCUCCCACUUUAAUGGCUUUGAAGAGUCGCGAAAACAAACAGGGUGGUAAAGUAAUAAAUCCCAGAAACACAUUCUUAGAGUGGAAUUUAGAAGCAGAGUUGUAUGCUUUUGGGAAACGUCUGAGUGAAAAUUUUGACUCAGAUCUUCUACUCCAAGCUUUUACCGACCGGUCAUAUGUGAUCAAGGAGGAGAUGAAACAAAAAGAAAUGGAAUUUGAUAUUAAAAUGAAGGAUAACAGAGAAUUAGCUGAAGAAGGAAGAAAAUUCAUGGAGCAGUAUAUUCAACUUUAUUUAGAGACAGUCUUGCCAAAGUUUCCCAUGGAAGGCAUAGCUAGUAUUCAUAAUCACCUUACAAGUGAAAAGGUUCUAGCAAAUGUGUCUUUGCAUCUUGGAACAAAGGAUAUAAUUUUAGCUGAUGAAUAUCCAGUAGAUAAUUACACAUUAGCAAAUGCCUUUAAAGCUAUUGUUGGAGCUUUAUUGCGUUCUUCGGGUGAGGAGCAAGCAGCACAUUUUGUGAGGGAUUUUGUUAUUACAAAUUUACAAGGGCAAGAUGUAAAUGAAUUCUGGCAUAUAGAAGACCCCUGGACAAUGUUGACUGAUCUGAUUGCUAAAACUGGCAGCAAACUAGAACCAAGGUUGAUUGGGGAAGUAGGCAAGAAUACACUACUAGCCUGCUAUCGAGUUGGUCUAUACUUAGACAAGAAAAUGUUGUCUUCAGGAUUUGGUGAGACAGUUGCGACAGCUAAAGAAAUGGCUGCUAGAGAAGCUUUAAAGAAGAUAUUUGGCACUGAAGAUAACAUGUACCCCAUUAAUUUCAAGCUUAAUGGCAUACCAAAAUCAAGCUGUAACUCAAGAUAUCAAGUGUCUGCCAGUUGAAAGUUUUCUUGAUGUAGAUUAAAAUAGUAUUAGUGUAGAUUAAGGUUCUCAUGAUAAUGAAUAUCUUUUAAGUAAA